AUGAGCUCGUUCUUUCUUCUUCUUCUUCUCUUUCAGUUAUGCAUACUCAGAAUCGAAGCCAAGUGCAGGCCUAAGUAUGGCUGCGAGCUAGCUUUAGCUUCCUACUACGUUGAAGGAGAAAACGCCAACCUCACUCGAAUCAGCGGCCUUUUCGAUCAGAAAAUUCCAGACAUUCUCAAAUACAAUCCCAAUCUCCGAAACCCUAACACUACCCUCCCAGCCCAGAUUCGACUCCGCCUGCCCUUCACGUGCCGCUGCUUGAACGAAGAGUUCUUAGGUCACACCUUCUCUUACACCAUGCAACGCGGCGAUACCUACACGUCCAUUGCUCAUAAGACUUUCGCCGGCCUCACCGACGACCAUUGGGUGAGCAGAGUCAACCUUCUCCAACCUAACCAGAUACCUACCGGCACCCGCGUCAAUGUUACUGUGAAUUGCUCCUGCGGCGAUGCGCACGUGUCCAGGGAUUAUGGGCUGUUCUUGACGUAUCCAAUUCGGCCAGGCGAGGGAUUGUCGAAGGUUGCGGCGGAGAAUGGUGUUCCGGCCGAGUUGCUUCAGAGGUACAAUCCUGGGUCCGAUUUCAGCGCCGGCCUGGUGUUUGUGCCGGCUAGAGAUGAAAAUGGAAACUAUCCACCAUUGAAGUUGAGAUCAGGUGAUGAUGAGGAUACUGCACUGCUAUAUUCAAGAAAUUCUGGGGGAACUAUUGCUGCUAUGGUUGGUGGAAGCAUUUCUGGGACCUUGCUCUUGGGACUACUAUAUUUCGGGCUAUGUAGAAGAAAGAGAGUGGAAGACGCAUCCUUUUUCACAAAUCCACUAGCAUUUGAAGAUAAGCAUAAUCAAAUUGGACAUGGUUCUGGAAACUGCUCGGAGAAGCAACCAGAAUUGGUUGGUGAUGCUUCUCCUAGAUUGAAAGGUAUUACAGUGGACAAAUCAGUGGAGUUCUCAUAUGAGGAGCUUGCUGAAGCUACUAAUGGUUUUAGUAUGGCCAAUAAGAUUGGACAAGGAGGCUUUGGAUCUGUUUACUUUGCAGAACUUCGAAAUGAGAAAGUGGCGAUUAAGAAGAUGGAUAUGCAAGCAACAAAAGAAUUCCUUACUGAACUGAAGUUUCUUACCCAUGUCCAUCACCUAAACUUGGUACGUUUGAUUGGAUAUUGCGUUAAGAACUCCUUAUUUUUGGUCUAUGAGUACAUCGAGAAUGGCAAUCUAAGCCAACAUUUACGUGGCUCAGAGAGGGAGCCAUUAUCAUGGCCAAGUAGAGUGCAAAUAGCCUUGGAUGCAGCAAGAGGACUUGCAUACAUCCACGAGCAAACAGUUCCUGUCUACAUCCAUGGAGACAUUAAAUCUCCAAACAUAUUAAUUGACAAAAACUUUCGAGGAAAGGUUGCAGAUUUUGGUCAAACAAAUUUGACAGAAUAUGGAAGUUCUUCAAUGCCAUCACAUCUAGUGGGCACAUUUGGCUACCUACCUCCAGAAUAUGCAAAAUAUGGCGACUUUUCCCUCAAAACAGAUGUCUAUGCAUUCGGAGUUGUUCUCUACGAACUCAUAUCCGCAAAGGAAGCUAUUGUGAAGACCAAAGAGCCUGCGAAUGAAUCAAAGGGACUGGUUGCCUUGUUUCAAGAGGUUCUGAAUCAGCAAAAUCCAGAAAAAGACCUUCGUGAACUUGUUGACCCCAGGCUCGGUGACAACUACCCUUUUGACUCGGUAUACAAGAUGUGUCAGCUAGCGAAAGCUUGCACACAGGAAAAUCCCCAAGUAAGGCCAAGCAUGAGAUCAAUUGUAGUUGCACUGGUGGUUCUGUCGUCUCCAAGUGAGGACUUGUGCAGAGUAAGCUACUCAUAUUUUGACAGUUCUUGAAGAUAUACGAGACUUGAGUACAAAAUUGUCUCCCUGUCUUAAGCUUCUACCUUAUCCUACUUUCUGUGAACAUGAAGAGACCUUUCUUUGCUUUUGUUUGAACCUAGAGGGGCUAGGACUCAAACCUGGAGACAAUCCCAGUCCAUAAGUGUCAUGAUAAGAUUCAGUAAUUUCCUAACAGUCAAGUUUAUGGACUCUAUCGACUGUGAUUUUUUAAUGGAAAUUUCCAUUUCUACCCAUUUUCUGGACUACUUUCCUUUUGUCCUCUUUUUGAUGGCAUGUAGGGUAAUGGGGACAAACUGAUAUGUUGUGGUCCAAAUUGUGUCACAUCAAUUAUUGGAAGUGUGUGUUCUUUAUCUCUAUCAAUUUAGAUUAUAAUUAAACUCCA